GCUAAUUGGUCUUCCACACUGACUAUCACCAUGUGUACACUCGAUCCUUCCUGGACGUUUGAUUCUCAAGCAUGCCGAGCUUUACCUACGGAUGGCAUUACAACAACUACCACUACCACUAUCGGAAAACUAGAAACCGGCCAAGAUGGAUCAACCACCCGAGGGACGAUUACCAAGACAGUUUCUUUCACCAUGUACUCAAGACACAUAGGCUUUAGUAGUUCCGGGAACAGCACGUAUCUGACGCAACCGGCCCCAACCCAAUUCAACAGCUGUCUUCCUGGUCCAUCAUCGCUGUGCGGCACACGCAUGGUUUACAUGUCCGCCGAGUCGUGUCCAACGCCAUACGUAGAAGCAUUGGCUGAAGUUGCCGGAACGCGCAGAACAGCGUAUUGCUGUCUAGACUCAUUCGCUCCCAUCGGCGAAUCAUUCGUCCGAGCACUACCCAUGACAACAAUGAAAGGGCAAACGCUAACUCAGUCUGGUAAUAUCACGACUCCGUUCGUGUCUGGGGAAACCCCGUCCAUCACAUCUAAACCGCUGUGCAUAUAUUCGUGGGAGGCCGAUGAAGACAAAUCGACAUUCCCACAGCAAUCAGAUCGCGGCUAUUUCUUUGGUAGGGACCAUGCACAUCAACUCAUGAUGCAACCCCUCGUUCUCAUCCAGGAUACCACGGUCAGCAAGCCGCUUAGCACAGACACCAAAAUGUACAUAGGAAUAGGUGUGGGACUGGGCGUUCUGUUCCUAAUCGGCGUCAUCAUAACGAUAGUACUUCUCCUCCGGCGUGUCCGAAAACUGCGGCAGGGAAAGACAGACAUCAAAGCCACGGAUGAACCUGGGUUGGUAAAAGCAGAGUUGCCUGGCGAACAAGCUGAAAAGAAGAUCAGCGACACCGAUGCUUUCCAGAGUGUUCAGAUUGAUAGUCGAUCGAUUGGCGAGUUGCAAGGAGACGGUACUAAGGCGGAGUUGGGAGGCCCAGCCGUUGCCGAAGUCCAAGGGUCCGAAGCUGCUGUGAUGGCGGGAAAUAGCCAGGUUUAUGAGAUGCAGGAUACCAGUGCGCCUGCAGAGAUGAUGGGGGAUGCUCCUCCCAAGAACCGAAGUGAUUGA